GUGGCCCUGCAGCUUCUCUUCUUCGAUGGCGAGGAGGCCUUCAUCUCGUGGUCCCCUGAGGAUUCCAUCUAUGGCUCUCGUCACAUAGUUGCGCACACGCUUCAGGCUACUAGUGGCCGCGCGGCCUGCACGGACUUGUCACGUAUUGUGAGUAGCUAUGUUUGGUGUGGCUGCUUUGUUCGUGCUGUGCCGUACAAGGGCAAUGAAUGA